UAGCUAAAUCCAUUUUACAAAAAGAAUUUUAUUUGGUACUCCAAAUAAAAAGGUCUUCCACACAAAAGAAUUAUAAUUACUAAACGAUACUCAAAUCAUGGUUUUAGAUACCAAACAAAUGAACUACUUUGUACUUUUUAUAUUAGUGACCUCUACAUAUUUUGGGCUAAAUGAAGCCUGCAAAAAGAAUCAAGUAGAAAUUCAUAAUCAACUCGGUCCGGGUAAAGUUCUCCAAUUUCAUUGUCGUUCCGGGGACGACGAUAUAGGUGUAAAAACCUUAAACUUCAAUGAUGUUCCAUAUAUCAUUAGAUUCCACGAUGAGAUACCGAAUUUAACAAAGUGGGACUGUAUUUUAAGGCAAGGACCUAAGAUGGAGUAUUCUUAUGACGUUCAAGUAUACAAAGCAGGACCAAGACUUAUCCCUCGAUGUGGUCAGCUACGUGUAUGGACUGCAAAAAUUGAUGGGAUAUAUUUUACAAGAAAAUUAAGUCUACCAUCCGGUUUUGCAUUGUCUUGGAAUAAAGGAUAACUCGUGCUUCAUCCGCGCGUACACUGUUUCCACUUUUAUAAACUUCAAAAUUUGGUUAUGGUAAAAUUUCAAAUUUGUUGGUUAAAAUUUGGUGUUAUAUAUUAUAUGACUCUAUAAUACUAUUGUUCAUGUGUAUUCUUCCACAUUAUUAUUAUGUAAUAUCUUAUAAAAGAAGUUAUUGCAA